ACAGGAACAAGCCGUAUCGGACUAAGUCGAUGAAUUGUGCACAAAAGAGAAGAAUUAUGACAAUGAGACAUGGUUAUAUGAUUGCCUUUCUUUCCGUUCUUACUGUGUCAUAUGCUCUGUGGAAAUAUGAGCUGGAUCGUCCGAAACUAGUACAUAAACCCCAAGACAAGGUCAGAACAUACACGCACAAUGAAAUUGCCAAGAAUCGUACAAUGUAUAUCCAAGCUAAGUUUGGGAAUUCGUGUUAUAAAACACAAGUGUAUGACACUUGGUGGCAGACAUUCACUCUCCCACCAGGGCUGAAAAGAUCCAAUCAGUCUGACUGCCAGAAACGUCUACCAAACGUUAUUAUUAUUGGUGUAAAGAAAUGUGCGAGUGACGCUCUAAGGGAUUUUCUAAUUGUUCAUCCCUCUAUCGUUUAUAGCCAUGCUCCUAAGACAUACAACGGGAUAAAAGUGACUGGGUCAGGAGAAGCUCACUUUCUUGAUAGACAUUACGAUCACGGCAUUGAUUUCUAUAGAAACUUGUUUCCGUACAGCAAACCAGGCGACACGCUAUUGGAAAAAACACCACAAUACCUAAAUUUCCCGGACGAUGUUCCAAAGAGAAUCUACGAAGAUGUUGGACCACACACAAAAAUCAUAGCGAUUGUCUGCGACCCAGUAACUAGAGCAAUUUCUGAUUACGUUUUCGAGAAGAAACAUAGGUUUUACAAAUAUUUAGUACCCAACAUGAUAUACACAAUACGCUCGAAUUUUUCAGAUUCUGUUACAGAAAAUAGCCGUCAAGGAAAUAUCGAUGCUGGAAAUGAUUUGAUAAACGUCGGUAUAUACGCAUAUCAUUUAGUAAGAUGGACUGAGUAUUUCCCACUGUCACAAAUACAUCUUGUAGAUGGAGGUGUUUUCCGUAAUGAUCCAUUGAGUGAGCUUCGACGCCUAGAGACAUUUCUUGGAUUACCUGUUUUUUUCAGAAAUGAACAUUUUUUUCGUAAUCCAGACACAAAUAUGUUCUGUGUUGCAUUUCCUGAACAUCGGUGUUUAAGCAAAGAAAAGAAAGGACAGCAUCACCCGGAUGUGGAUGUUAAAACUAUCGAUCGUCUACGCGAGUUUUAUAGACCAUAUGAUCGUCAGCUGGUGGAGAUGUUUGAUCGCAUAUUCUCCUGGAUGGAUACCGAUAUUUUGCUGCCACGUGGAAGACAUUGAGAAGUAUAAGUAGUAUAUAUCUUGUGUUAAUAACAAUAAAUAGUAUUCU